UCAGCUUCGCUGGCAUUCCCGUCGGCUCAGUCAGCCUCGCUGGCAUUCCCGUCGCUCUCGCUCGCCGCCGGCGCUCUCGGCUUCGUGCCUCAGGGUGAGGUCUACAAGGGCAGUGUUGAGGACGUCUCUCUCACAUCGAUGCUGGAUGACGUGCCCGCACCGGGCGCCGGAUCGAAGAAGCGCGAUGCGGACGCUAUCGCUCGCGAUGCCGCCGGCGUCGCGCGGAUGAAGGCCAAGGCUGCGAGUGCCGAGGGCGCGGUCUCCACCGACUUUUCGACGAUGACAGCAAAGGAGGCGGCCGCCGCCAAGCGCGCCGCGUUUGAGGCCAAGCAGGCGUCGGCGGAGCCACUGUCGCUGCCCUCCCUGCCGAAGCUGUUCUGAUGGCGAGAUUGGGUCGCGCCUGAACUGCGAGCCCAAUGCUCCUUCUCUUCGUGCUAGGCGGCACACUUACGGUUGAGGAUGAAACCGGCUCUAUCUAGACAAGAGCACCGACAUGUACU